AGUGAGUUUGUUGUCAACACGGCAGCCGUUGAGCCCCUCAGUCCGCUCCGCUCCGCUGUCGGAGACGAUGCCUGGACGCUGCAGCCCUCAGAGGUUUGGCUACACGGUGGUCAAGUUCAUCUUGUUCUCCUACGCCUGCGUGUUUUGGUUUAUAGGCACUUUUAUCCUGGCCAUUGGCAUCUAUGCAGAGGCGGAGCGACUGCGUUUUAAGACCCUGGACGGUUUGUUUUUGGCCCCGUCUAUAAUUCUCAUCCUGUUGGGAAUUGUGAUGUUCGUCGUCUCCUUCAUUGGAGUUUUGGGCUCACUGAGGGAUAACCUGAAACUUCUGAAUGUGUUCAUGUUCACCCUGCUAGUUUGUCUGAUCCUGGAGCUGCUGGGAGGAAUAUUGGGACUGGCGUUUCGCAAUCAGACUCUCGGCUUGGUGAACAAAAACAUCAGUAACGGCAUAAAAAACUACUACGAUGACCUAGACUUCAAAAACAUCUUGGACUUCGUCCAGAAGAGGUUUCAGUGUUGCGGCGGUAAAGAUUUUCAAGACUGGCAAGUCAACAUUUACCACACAUGUCCUGGACGUGGACCGCUGGCCUGUGGAGUCCCAUAUACCUGCUGUAUUACGACUCGGCCUAAUGAAGUGGUCAACACUCUGUGUGGGUACAACGUCUUGAAUAAAACGCGGCCAGAUGCGAUGAAGGUUAUCUACGCGAGAGGCUGCACGUAUGCGUUCAUGCACUGGAUGGAGGACAACUAUACAAAGAUGGCCAUACUGUUGUUGGUUAUCCUCCUGCCUCAGUUUUUUGGGGUGCUCAUUACCUGGGUGUACAGGAAUCAGGUCUUAGACACCCAGCUUGAGUGGGACCAGCAGCCUGACGAGGUGAAGGAGCAGCUGACUCAGAACUCAAAUGUCAAGCGGGGCCGGAUUUCCAAAUGGUAUAAGUGUAUGCCAGACAAGAAAAUGCAAACAGUGACUCCAGCUGACUGACUGCGUGUUCAGUAAACCAAAUGGAUACAAUUCACCUCUUUCUUUUACUUCCCCUUUCUUAAAACUGUUGUUUGUAUCUCCAUUUUGUCUGAUGUAUAAACAUAGAAACCAAAGACUUUACAUAAAUCUGCCAGAAGUUUUGUUGAUGAUGCCUUCAAAUGUUUGUGUGUUUUCACAGUUGAAUCUUUUAGUAUUUGUUUGCCAUUCAGUUUUGUAACGCCUGUUGAAAUUUAAGACAUUGUCGCUGAACUUUUAAUAUCCUAAAUUUCAAUUUAGCUCAAGGUUAGUUUGUAACAUUUGUAAAAUGCAGUAUUGAUGUUGGUUUGGAGUUCAUCAAGUUCAGCCAUUUUAAUUAUUAUAAACAUAAAUGCAUGUUUUACUACUGGAGGCAUGGUUACUGCUAUAUCGUAUAGUAAUCUCGGGGUCGACUGCGGGUUUCCAUGUGACAACAGUAGCAGACAGAUUUUAGCUCCAAAUGCAAAACGAGAUUCUUCCACCUCAUGUGCUUUAAGGAUUUAGCAACAGGUCUAACAAUCUCUUUGUUGUGCAGUGCAAAAAUAUUACAAAAAGUUGACGAAGCUGAAGAUGCAGGCCAACAAAAUGUUUUCAUCAAAGCAACGUUAGCAAAACAAAUUGUAUUUCUUGACAGUUUAGAUGAGGUUUCCUUCCAGCGUAUGCUGACAAUUAUCGCCAAAAAUGUUCAUAAAGCCUUAAAAUAAAUUUAUCCUUUGUUGCAGUAAUUUUACCCCUAUAAUUUAGAAAAAUACAAUCUUUAAUUUAAAUACAUGUGUUCGAUCAUAAAUAAAUUACAUUAGGAUAUAAUUCUUCAGUAAAAUAGCAGUUUCACAGUCAUUGAUGAUCCCAAAAUGGUGCUACUUGCUGGAUAUUUCUAAUGAUGAGUUUCAGAGGGAGUUAGUUGUUUUAUUUAAUUUCUUUUCACUUCUUUGACCCACUUGAUUAUUAUGCAUGGGGGGAAGCGGCUUGAUGAAAUCAACUUCUGUGUUGCACUGUAUUUAUUCCCCAGGGAAACUGGAAGUGUUGGUUUUCCGAUUGGGAGUUCAGGUGAUCUCAAGUUAGCAGCUAAAGUGUUAAUUUGAAAAAUGCAUUUAUUUCAUAAGGAUUGUGUCUGAAGUGAAUUAUCUUAAUAGAUGCACCCGGUAAUAAAUGUGUUCAAAUCAAAAGUUCUAUUUUUUCAAAAUGGUUAUUUGGCAGUUUAUUCUAUAGUUUUUGACAUUUUUACCUGAGGUGCUAAUAAAUUAUUUCACAACUUUAAUUAUUUGUGCCUGUAGCUUUUGAAAGUCAGCUCUUGAGUUUUCUGAAAUAAGUGAAUGCGAUAAUCUUCACCUUGAAAUUGAUCAUGUUUCAUUUGAAGGUUUUUUUUUUUUUUGCUUAAGAUUCAUAUUUUUAAGGGGUGUUUUUAAAAAUGGGCUUUGGUUUGGUGGUAAUUUAAAGACGAAGUGAUCCAAAGGGAUUUAAGUUGAUUAAAAAGAAAUCUAAGCUUUUUGUCUGAUUCUGCACUACAUUAAUAUUCAUAUGUAUAACUGUACUAGGUGGUUUUAUUAACACAAUUCUUGUGGAAAUCUGGGUCAAAUCUUCUUUCCCCCCCACCCCCCCCAUGGUGCAACUAACACAUGGAGUAUUUUUCUACACUUGUAAACUUUUAAGCUGAAAAAAAAAUUGUUUGUUUUCAAUGUGUAUUGCCUUUUUUCUACUAUAAUAAUAAAGCUACAUUUACUUUCCACACAGAGUGACACUUCAUUUCUCUUUGAAAAUGUGUUUUCAAAGACGUAGCCAUUUCUGCUUUCCAGUAAACUCUGUUCACAACACUAACAGAGACGAACAGCUUGGAUUUCAUAACGAAACGAUAAAAGUAUCAAUGUGAACACGUUAAGGAAGAAAACGCUGUAAAUGUGAACAAUUUAAAGCUGCAGUGUUUCUAUUUAGAGAUCCGUCAGUUUGUAGUUUCUGCUCAUGUCUCAUAUCUGACAUCUGUGCACAAAGUGCCUAGAAAAGAUAUUCAUAACCUCUGAAAAUUGUGUGAAUUUUGAGCUGAAACGUCAAUCUUCAGUGUGUAUUAAUGUAAGACUGUUACGUUAUAACGUUUGAUUAGACUUUAUAAUGCUAAUGCAAACAUUUUUACCCCCAGAUAGAAUCCAGUGCAACCAUUUAUGCAUGUAUAUUAAAUAAAACAAUGAAAUUCACUGUAAAUUUAAAAUGUACAAGAAUAGGACACUCUCGACUCUCAGUACUGUGACAACUUCAAUCUGGGUCAAAGGUCAUUUGUCUGCAAUGCUCAGUCACUGUGCCAACUUAAACUUAGAGAAAUGUCAUAGUUUGACCGUUUAUGAUGUAAAUAAAAACCCAGUGCAGGGUGUUAUUUUCUGGCUUCAGUUUUGAAUGUGAUGGGAUUAAAAAUACAUUUUCUCAAAAGGGAUUUUCAAAGGUUGCAUUUCGUUAAAUAAGUGAUGGUUGCCGUCAUACUGUGCAUUUUCUGGGGCGGCCUUUGUACUUAGUUUCUACAUUUUUCACAUGUCAAAGUAAGCAAGCCUUAUACAUGAACUAAAGAACAGCUUUCUGAGAAUUAUCACUUGUGUUGAAAUGAUCUAAUAAAUGUACAGAUGUCAGACCCA